AUGUCGCGUCAUCCACAACCCCAACGCCCUUUGUCUUUGACGGAGGAGCUAGAAAAGCUCGAGCAGUCGAUUACUCUAACACUACAAGAAAUCGAUCAUAAUUUCAGCGAAGCCCAUCGGAUUGUGACGACAAGCAUUCUGCCUGUUGUGGAACAGUACGCCGAGAAUUCGAGAGACGUCUGGGAAGGAGCAAAGUUUUGGAAGCAGUUCUUUGAAGCCAGUGCCAAUGUUUCCUUGUCCGGCUACGAGGACCGACCCAACGAAGACACCACCUUGCAAGAACAGUCUGUGACGGAGGACGAGUCUUCGGCCAACAUCACGCAAGAGACGAUCACUGAUUCUGCAUCCUACGAAACGCCCUCCCGGGAACACCCCAACGUCAAUCAUCACCAUGAAGAUCUGGAUCUCAGUGCUCUGACACUGUCUUCGCACAGCACACCCCGGGCGGAGGGGUCUCGCGAAAGAGGACAACAGCCGUCGCGGAUCAACGAUGAGGGCGACACGACUGCUGCGUCCAUAGCAUAUACGUCGCCGUACGAGAACCUGCGCCAGGAGAUUUCGCAGGGUCAAUCGCCUUUCGAGAUAGACUCGUCUACCCUCCCCUCCACACCUGGGAAGCCUUCCCGCCCGUACCAAGGCUACGAGGAAGACAUAUCCGGUACCCUCAUGUCCUCGCCCUUUGUCCCACCCGUGUCGCACGACUUCCCGCCCUCUACCGGCAAGAAGGCGAACUACUCGUCGAAGCCCAGCGACCCGGUUCUGCACCACAUGCUUGACAAGACCUACCGUGUGCAAGCGACUCCGUUGGGCAAAGGCUACCACCAGCAGCAUCACAACUAUGGCGCGGGGGCAGGGCCGUCAUCACGCAGCAAAUUCACAGUGACGCCGAAAACUAAAACCUCCAAGUACUACGACUCUCCGAUGUCGAGCCCCGAGCCAGAAGCGCCACAGCUACAUACAGAGCUCUUUUCGCCGCUCAAGACCCGCACCCCGAAACGCCGCCCAAGUAGCCACGCAGGCAUCACCCCACAGCCGGGCAUCAGCGUCCUCACGCCAGCCAAGUACAGCGCAGGGACGGGGAUGAGCAAGCGGCAGGGCUGGGAUAGUGACGACGAUGACGACGACGAGCUGAAUUUUGACUACCACGACGACGACCUGGGUCCCAGCCCUCCCAAGACGAUGCAGUUUCAUAUUCCCCAGAGCCGCCUUAUGAAAACGCCAGCGAAAGAAGCCUCGAAACGGAUCGUGGAAGACCUCCUCGCUACGGCCGGCGCAGACACGACAGACGACCUAUACGAUGAACAGAGCCCGAGUGUGAUUCGGCGGGUGGAGCGGUUGGAGGAUGAGACGUUUUAA